AUGGGACAGACUCUGUCAACUCCACUUUCUCUGAUGACGGAUCAUUUCAAGAAAGUUAGAGAGAGAGCACAUAACUUAAGUAUAGAGAUCAAGAAGGGCAAACUAAUUACGCUUUGCAGGUCUGAAUGGCCAACCCUCGUCUCCAACUGGCCAGCAGAGGGGUCCUUUGACCUCGACUUGAUACACCGAGUCAAGGAUGCCAUCUUCGGGCACCCAGACCAGGUGCCCUACGUUGUGGUCUGGGAGGAUUUGGUCCUCAACCCCCCGCCUUGGAUAAAACCUUUCUUGUCUCCUCAGAAACAGCUCGGGACCGUGCUAGCGGUUCAGGAGCGAAAGGGAAGAUUGUGCGGCAGAAGUGAAACUAGCCCGUCUGCCCCGUUUUAUCCCAUCCUCCAAGGGGUGACGGAUGAAGAACUUAUUUUUCCCCCUCCCUACCAGCCCCCUCGACCACCACCCCAGGCUGAAGAUCCGGAAGGACCCCCGGGGCUGUCUGGGGCGGCAGGAGGGAGCUCUGGUCCAGCCCAGAACACUCGAGGCCGACGUGCAGCCUCACCCAUGGGACCUGCUGAUUCCACUGUCCUUCCGUUGCGGGCAACAGGGCCACCUGAUGAUAACGGGAAUCAGCCUCACCACUAUUGGCCCUUCGACGCUAGUGAUCUUUAUAACUGGAGAGCUCAGCAUGCUAAGUUCUCUGACAACCCCAGGGAAUUGAUUAACUUGUUAGAAACAGUUCUGUUCACCCAUCAGCCCACAUGGGACGACUGCCAGCAGUUGCUCCAGAUCCUGUUCACUAUGGAGGAACGUGAGAGAAUCCAAACUGAGGCCAGAAAGGUGGUACCGGGCGCCAAUGGCGAACUUACCACCAAUAUUGACCUCAUCAACGCCUCCUUUCCUCUUUCCUGCCCAGACUGGGACUUUAACACGGCCGCAGGUAAGGAGAGGCUCCGGGUCUACCGCCAGACUCUGUUGGGAGGUCUCAAAGUGGCUGCAAGACAGCCCACUAAUUUGGCAAAGGUAGGAGAUGAACAACAGGGUAGGAAAGAGAGCCCGGCGGCCUUUCUAGAGCGGAUCAUGGAGGCUUUCCGCCAAUACACCCCCAUGGAUACAGAGGCCGCCGAGACCAAGUCUGCUAUCAUCAUGGCUUUCAUUAACCGGGCAGCCCCAAAUAUUAGGAGAAAAUUACAAAAGAUAGAUAGGCUAGGAGAAAAGUCCAUCCAGGACUUAAUAGCGGUGGCGGAGAGAGUCUAUAACACCAGGGAAAGCCCUGAGAACAAGCAGGCUCGAGCUAAUGAUCACCAGACACGUAACCUGGCCCACAUCCUGCUUGCCUCCACCGCUGGGGAACCGAAGGAACGAGAACGAAUGUCACCUCUGAGAGAUUGCUAAGGAAGGCCAAGGUAAGCAAGACCGUCGAGAAUGCCCCCGCCUGGGGAAAAAUCAAUGUGCUUACUGUAAAGAGGAAGGACAUUGGGCCAAAGAAUGUCCCAAGAAAAAGGAAUGGGGUAAGACCCCCAACCUGGCUAUGGAUGAACUGAGUGAUUAGGGGGGACGGGGUUUGGACCCCCUCCCCGAACCCAGGGUAACCCUAAAAGUGGAGGGGACCCCCAUACAAUUCUUAGUAGAUAAAAGAGCUCAGCAUUCAGUCCUCCUCAAACUGAAAGGACACCUCUCGAGCGAAACCUCUUGGGUCCAAGGAGCUACGGGCAUGCACAAAUAUUCAUGGACUACCCAAAGAACAGUGGACCUCGGCAUGGGCCGGGUAUCCCACUUGUUCCUAGUUAUUCCUGAUUGCCCUUACCCCUUAUUGGGCUGAGACCUGCUCACUAAAUUAGGGGCUCAAAUUCAUUUUCAACCUGAAAAGACCAAAAUACUAGAUAGGAAAGGGAAGCCUUGGGUAUUGGGCCUUGGUCAAAAAAGGCCCAAAUCUGCAGACCAGAGGUAAGCUACUUGGGUUAUAUUCUCAAGGAGGGACAACACUGGCUGUCCCAAGCAAGGAAAGAGACAGUGCUAAAGAUUCCCCUGCCCAUGACUCCUUGGAAAGUCAGAGAGUUCCUGAGGUUGGCUGGCUUCUGCCGCCUCUGGAUCCCGGGCUUUCCUGAAUUGGCCAGACCCCUAUAUGGGCACCAAAAAGAUGCAGGACCUGCUUCGCCACGCUGAGAUUCUGAUCAAGGACGCUCAUUACAAGAUCAAACAGAUAGUGACCGACUGCAAGGCCUGCCAGCUAACCAAUGCUACCAGAAAUGAUAGCCGCCCAGGACAACGGCUCUGAGGAGACAAACCUGGUGCAUACUGGGAACUGGACUUCACUGAGGUAAGACCUGGACGCUAUGGUUACAGGUAUUUGUUAGUCUUUAUAGACACCUUUUCAGGAUGAGUGGAAGCUUUCCCCACAAAACAUGAGAUGGCACAGAUAGUUGCCAAAAAGAUCCUGGAAGACCUGCUACCGAGGUAUGGAUUUCCUGCCUUGUUAGGGUCGGAUAACGGACCAGCUUUUGUGUCCAAAAUGAGUCGGAGUUUAGCCAAUAUACUCAGG